UAUAAAAGUUAAUGAUUGGAAGGACUAGGUCUCUUUGCCUGCAACCACCUUACCAGAAGCUUGUAGCGGCAGAGGCACUCUCUACAAACAAAUAAGCCAUCAUGACCCACCAAUUCUCAGCGCUGUCUCCAGAGCAGAAGAAAGCUCUUUCAGAUAUUGCUCAGCGGAUUGUGGCUUCAGGAAAGGGGAUUUUAGCUGCAGAUGAAUCAGUGGGUACCAUGGGGAACAGGCUGCAGAGGAUCAACGUGGAGAACACAGAGGAGAAUCGUCGUGCUUUUCGAGAGAUCCUCUUCUCUUCAGAUGCUUCCAUCAAUCAGAGCAUUGGGGGAGUGAUCCUUUUCCAUGAGACUCUCUAUCAGAAAGACAGCAGUGGGAAGCCAUUUCCAGCUAUCAUCAAAGAAAAAGGCAUUGUGGUCGGAAUAAAGCUGGAUAAAGGCACAGCACCUCUAGCAGGAACAAAUGGAGAAACCACCAUACAAGGGCUGGAUGGACUGGCUGAGCGCUGUGCCCAGUACAAAAAAGACGGUGUUGACUUUGGCAAAUGGCGCGCGGUGCUGAAGAUCACCAGCACAACUCCCUCUCAGCUCGCCAUCCAGGAGAAUGCUAACACACUAGCACGCUAUGCCAGCAUCUGCCAGCAGCACGGAUUGGUGCCCAUUGUGGAACCAGAAAUCUUGCCUGAUGGAGACCACGAUCUCCAGCGCUGUCAGUAUGUCACAGAAAAGGUUCUGGCUGCUGUCUACAAGGCUUUGAAUGAUCAUCACGUCUACUUGGAAGGGACACUGCUGAAACCCAAUAUGGUGACGGCUGGGCAUAAGUACACCCCUCAAGAUGUAGCCAUAGCAACUGUCACUACUCUCCUCCGCACUGUUCCUGCUGCUGUCCCUGGAAUCUGCUUCCUGUCUGGAGGUCAAAGUGAAGAGGAGGCUUCUCUCAACCUGAAUGCCAUGAACCAGUGCCCUCUGCCUAAACCCUGGAAACUGACCUUUUCAUACGGGAGAGCUCUGCAAGCCUCUGCUCUGGCAGCAUGGGUGGGCAAAUCAGAGAACAAGAAGGCUGCACAAGAUGCCUUCUGCAAGCGGGCACAGAUUAACAGUUUAGCUUGCAGAGGGCAGUAUGUCGUGUCUGGGAAGACUGAUGCGGCUGCCACGCAGUCACUUUUCACUGCCAGCUACACCUACUGAAAGUGCAGGAAUCCUGUCCUUGUCCUAUCCCUCUUCACAGGUUGGAGAUGUUCAGAAUGAAAGAAGAACAAAGAAAUCUCAUUCGCCUUGCCCUAAAAAAACCCUGAGAACCUGAGAAUAAAACGGAUUAGCUUCCCUGCCACCCUUUGCUCCCAUGAUUUAGGGGUACAAUAUUCUUGUCUCAUCUACACAUUCCGUACAAACAGAAUCCUUCCCAGAGAAUGAGCAACCCCUGCCAUUGAAACACUAACCCACUGUCCCUCUGGUUUAAACUUGUUCCCCAAAAUACAAAGCAGAUUAAGUGGUAGUUUGGUAUCCACGUUCUCUAGCCAUUUAAAUGCAUACCUUUGUCCAUGUUCUGCUGCCAAAAUCCUGAAUUACAAAACUUGACUCUAUUUUUAAUCAUAGAAAUAAAACAAUAAUCAAAAGCUAA